CCCUCUGUUCCAGGCGGUGUGUCAACAUUUUACAGGAAUAAUACCCUAAAUAAAGAUCUUCAGGUUCAUACAGAGGAAGAUGACAACUUUCACAUGUGAGAUAAGAGCUCUGGUGGGUUGUUGACUGAUGGCGAGAUCAGAUUGCCGCUCUGCUGCUAUUUCUCAGAUAUGGAACAGUAAUGAGUGGAAAAUGUGAUUAUUUGAGUUUUGUGAGGAACGGCAAAGAGCGACGGUGUGGCUGAAGCGCUUUUCCAGAUGGAGACAGACCUGAAGCUGGAGUCAAGUUUGUGGGUCGGGAAUAAAAGAUACCUGGCGGUCCUGACGGGCUGGCAUUUCAACUGGACCGAGGUAGAUAAGAAGAAUCGCGACAAGAAGACAAUUUCAGUGCCGGUGGCAGAGGUGGUUGGAGUUGAGGAUGGUCUGGUGGAGAUCCUACCCCAGAAGUCAGUUGAGGACACAGACAAAGACUUCACGGUUUUCUACAUAAAGCGCAGCAGCAGUGGUGGCUCUUAUGGGUUACUAUGGAGACUGGGCCGGACCCAGUUCAGCUGCCCUAGCCGGGUCCUCAGAGACCAGUGGACGAAACACCUAAGAACUGCUCUCAAAACCCACAGUCCGUUGCGUCCACACAGGCUGUUGGUGUUUAUAAACCCAUUUGGAGGAAAAAAGAAAGGAAGAAAGAUCUACCAUUCUCUGGUUGCCCCACUGUUUGAGCUGGCUGGUAUCAGCUCUCAUGUAAUAGUGACUGAGCGGGCGAACCAGGCCAGAGACCAUCUCCUGAAGAAAGACCUGACAGGUUUUGAUGGUGUGGUGUGUGUGGGUGGGGAUGGCAUGUUCAGCGAAAUACUUCACGGUUUGAUUGGGCGGACACAACAAGAGGCAGGCCUUUGUGAGAACGAUCCCGCUGUCACUUUACAGCCUUGUCCGCUUCAUAUUGGCAUAAUCCCUGCAGGUUCUACAGACUGUGUGUGUUAUGCCACAGUGGGAGUGAUCGACCCUGUUACUUCAGCUUUGCACAUUAUCGUUGGAGACUCUCAACCUUUGGAUGUGUGUUCAGUUCACCAAACUUCUGCUCUGGUGCGCUACUCAGUGUCUCUGUUGGGUUAUGGCUUCUAUGGUGACGUACUGGCUGAGAGUGAAAAACACCGUUGGAUGGGACCUCUGCGAUAUGACUAUUCAGGCACAAUGGUGUACCUGAGCAACAGAAGCUAUGCAGGCAUAGUUCAGUAUCUACCAGCAGACCCAGUGUUCUCCAGCCCGAGAGACCGAACACGCUGCCUCACAGGGUGCAGUGUGUGCUCCAGAAGCACAGAAAGACUUUUCCCCCACUCUUCGGAUUCAGGCUCCCUGUACAGCUCCCACUACAGCCAAUUCAGUAGUGACUCAGAGGGUGAGUGGGUGACUGUGGAGGGCAGGUUCAGGUGUGUGUCUCUCACUUGUAUGUCCAGCUCGUGUCCCAAGAGUCCUCUGGGCCUGUCUCCCUCUGCCCACCUGGCGGACGGAACAGGAGACCUCAUCCUGGUAUGGGACACUCACCCGUUGGGAUUCCUCAAGUUCCUCUACAGGCACACGAGCACAGAGGACCAGUUUGACCUGCCAUUUGUGGAGGUCCACCGCGUGAAGGCUGUCCGUUUCUCUGUCCCUUCGAGCAAAGAGGAAGAACAGUAUGAAGAAGUUGGAGGGAUGAGUGGUGAGAUAGAUGAAGAAGAGAGAGGCUACGUCGAGACUGUGAGCAGGAAUGGAUCUCAGCAGCACCUUGCAGAGAGAGGCACAGGGCGAGAUUUGACAAACGAACAGAAAACGACGACUCCCUUCCUGUGUGGUCUAUGCUGCAGUAAAGCUCCUACUGUGUCAGUUUGGAACUGUGACGGAGAGAUCCUGCCUUUCACUGAGAUCUUCUGCAGGAUUCAUGGCCAGUUGGUGCGUCUGUAUGCCAGAGGCAUCGAGGACGGAGCAGCCGUACACAACUGCAGCGAGGAAAAUGACCAGUUUGAAAGGACAUCCUUCUCAAAUGGUCUCGCCUAAAUGUUGGAUGAUGAGAGAAAAGUGACAAUGGGAAUGUUUCUAGGGCAAAGGCUAAUUUGUAUAUUUGAGAGAAAGGAUAGCCAGCUUUGCAGUCUGUCUUGGCCAAAGAGUUCCUAAUAUUUCAGGUACUUUUACAUUGAAAUAAUGAAAAAAAAAAAUGUAUUCUUGAAUAAGU